AUGCUUUUCAAGUUUAAUCAGCACUUACUACAGCAUCAUGAUUUCUUAUCAAUUGUAGAGGAAGCUUGGAGAGGCUUCACUGUGGUUGGGACCCCAAUGCAGCAAGUGAGUAAACGGUUGAAACUCCUUAAACAUAUUUUGAAAGAGUUGGAUCACUCUGCUUACUCAAACAUUCAGAAAAGAACAUCAUAA